AUGAAUAAGAAUGUAGAGCCACUUGACAUCCCCAGGGCCAAAGCAAGAGGUGAGAGGCCGUUGGUAGCUGGUAUUGACACUGGCUGCGCCAGCGGGUGGCCAACAGCACCGCCCCUUCGGAUAUUUUCCUCCUCAUCCAUGGAAAAGCCUGUCGAACUUGAAAAUGGUCUUGACGUCCCUGUCCCAUUCGAGAGCGAGGAGAAUCAAAGCGCAAUACUUGAGUGA